CAUCUCAUUAAAGAAGAGUUGUUGCAAGUGCAUGAGAUUCUACCCCAGGAAACUUUUAAGGCAUAAAAUCGCCUCCCCUUCAUCAACAAAAGUUUUACGGUAUCCCAUCCGAUCUCCGCUGUAGAACAUACAGACAAAAGACGACUGUUGCGAAGCACACGACACGACAGAAUUGGACGAUGGCGACUACCCAAGGACAGCUGAGGCUGUGGAUUUUGCUUUCGCUGGCGCUCCAACUCUUAUUCAAUUUAAGUCGCUACGAAACCCCUCAUCCUCAAAACGCCRCUUCCCGCGAAACGAAGGUCGUUGGAGAUGCCACGAAUUACAGAGGCGUUCCCCACGACACUACCACGGUCGGUGAAACCAUCGUUUACGGACAUUUGCAUAUGCAAAAGACCGCUGGGAGCAACAUCAAUGGCAUGAUGGCAACAAAAUACGACAACGUGUGUGGGAACAAAGGGAGCAGUUACAAUGCUUUUGUGGUCAACCAAGAACGGCAAGAAGCCAUCACCAACAUGGAGAACGGGAACAGAGCGGAAGUGUCGUUUGGACGAAAAGGAGUCCCUUAUAACGAAGUCAGKGACACAAUCGGGUUUGCGAAUUGCGACUACAUCAGCGUGGAGACUAAAUGGAAGAACUGGAAGCAGGACAUUGUCGAYGCCCUCGAUUUCGAGAAGCGAARCAUGAGACUGGAACUCCACGUCCCCUGCCGGGAUCACCUCGACCAUCUCUUGUCCCUGUGCAAUCACCGGAACAAAAAGUUUCAGUGCCCGGACAUUAGCGACGAGGACGCCAUUGCUUCCGAAAUCAAAAAAUGCCUGUGGGCCGGGCCCAAAAAGGAAGCAAAGGAAGACAAGGUGUCCAAUAUCUUGAUAAAUAACGCCCGCUUUGAUCCAAAACUGAGAGACGAAAGCCAUUCCAAGGGUAUCGACUUAAARUGUUUUUCGACCUUCCCCGUCGAAAACUACAUCAACUACAUGGGGCAAUUUAUGCGAAAGCGCAGAAUUGAGGCGCCGUUUGUGGACCGAAAGACCAACAAGGACCGCGAGAAAACUACCGAAUGCCUCUUGAACCAGGACGACAACUACAAGGCAACGGUCAAGAGAUUAGUUCUGCAGUUGGACUUCAUGGGGUACUAUCAGUUUUGCGAGGAUUGCAUGGGCUCCAGUGAUCAAUUGAAACUGUCGUAAUAGCAUCAAGUUCGCACGACUAAAGCGAGCUUCGAACGGAGGCUSCGCCUAUUAGUACAGCACUGUUCGGGUCAAUCUAGCCAAUGGGGGUGUAAGGAAAUUGAAGAAAGUCCAUGCCAUAAAUUACUAGACGCCAUGCAUCCGUAUAUGCCGUGCGUCCAUUCUGAGAGGACGCUGUCCUYUAAGACACGAAAGGCGCCGUGAAAUUGUCUUCCUAUCCACCAYUUUACUUCGGAAAUAACUAGAAGCGAUCAUU